CAACACAGAGUUGCCACGGCACACAACACCGGGCCACGCACGUGCCUGCUGACUCGGCUGUCAUCUCCCCACUGUCUUCCAUGAUCAGAAGACUCUCUCAGCCUCUGUCUGUCUCCGUGUCUGUCUGUCUGUGGAUCAGCGUGUUUUGAGUCUGACUGUCUUCCCGGUUGGUUUCCUUUUCUCUUGCUCUGUCCUUCUCUCCUUGUGUUUCUACCCAUCUCCCUAUCUCUGCCACUCUCUGUCUCUGUUUUUCUUUCUCUUUCUCCCCUCCUUUAUAACACUCCCUAGGUCUGACAUUGCCUCUUUCUCCAUUUCUGAUUCUCUCUGUUUUUCUGACUCUCUCUCUUUCUUUCUUUCUCUAACUCUUCUGUCUCUGUCCUUCCCUGUCUCCUUUUUCCUAUGACACUCUCCUAGAAACGCAUCAAAUACUGAAGUGGCCGGAUUUCAAGUGACAAUCAGCAGUACACCCAGAAUCCGCCCCCCUCCCCAACACGGCUGCCUUCCUCCUCCACAUCCCUGUCACGAAGAGAAGCCUAUUGUGUCGGGCCCAGGGAGUUCGAGUUGAAGGGCCUGGGGGUCUGCGCUCUGACUGCUCUCAGCCACUUCCCCAUUGGCUCCCAGCAGCCUGUGCUCAGCAAGGGCUGAGCGACAGGGGAGGCUCUCGUCCAUAAAAGAGGGGAAGAGGCACCAGAACUGCCAUUCGAAGGGGCUUUGGUGGUGUUCACAGCUGCCUAUUUAGCACCUCCUCCCAAGCCGGAGUCAGGGAGGCCCCUGAGCCUUGGACCGGCCACCUGCCACCUCCGACCUGCUCAGCCAGAAGCUGCCCAGGGACAAAGCAGAGCACAGCAGGAAUUGCUGAGACAGGAUGACCUGGCAGGGGCUGGUGCUGGCUGCCUGCCUCCUCGUGUUCCCCUCUGCCACAGCAGACUGCCUGUCGCGGUGCUCCUUGUGUGCGGUAAAGACCCAGGAUGGGCCCAAACCCAUCAACCCCCUGAUUUGCUCCCUGCAAUGCCAGGCUGCCCUGCUGCCCUCUGAUGAAUGGGAGAGAUGCCAGAGCUUUCUGUCUUUUUUCACCCCCUCCACCCUUGGGCUUAAUGACAAGGGGGACUUGGGGAGCAAGUCGGUUGGGGAAGGGCCCUACAGUGAGCUGGCCAAGCUCUCUGGGUCCUUCCUGAAGGAGCUGGAGAAAAGCAAGUUUCUCCCAAGUAUCUCAACAAAGGAGAACACUCUGAGCAAGACCCUGGAGGAGAAGCUCAGGGGUCUCUCUGGAGGGUUUGGGGAGGGAGCAGAGUCUGAGCUGAUGAGGGAUGCCCAGCUGAACAAUGGCGCCAUGGAGACUGGCACACUCAAUUUCGCUGAGGAGGACCCCAAGGAGCAGGUCAAACGCUAUGGGGGCUUUUUGCGCAAAUACCCUAAGAGGAGCUCAGAGGUGGCUGGGGAGGGGGAUGGUGAUAGCAUGGGCCAUGAAGACCUGUACAAACGCUAUGGGGGCUUCUUGCGGCGCAUUCGUCCCAAGCUCAAGUGGGACAACCAGAAGCGCUAUGGCGGUUUUCUCCGGCGCCAGUUCAAGGUGGUGACACGGUCUCAGGAAGAUCCGAAUGCUUACUCUGGAGAGCUUUUUGAUGCAUAAGCACCUCUCAUCAUGGAGUAGAGUCAGGAGCAUCCCCUGACACCUUUUCAGGUUGGAGUGCACUCAUUCAUCCUCCUGUAUGUGCCCCUUCCCCAUGCUCAGCUCAGCACUGUGUACAAAAUAUCCAGGCCCAGCCUAUCUCUCUUCUGCCUGGGAGUACGGGAUUUCUCUGGGGUCUGUGAUGGGGAAGGGUGGAUGUCCCUUCCCCACAACAGGCUUAGUGCUUGGCUCAGAUGCCUAAACUCUAAAACUACCAGCAGCAGCAGCAGCAGCAGCAGCAGCAGCAGCUUGUGAUCUCAGUCCUUCCAACCUGUUCACAUGACUCCUCAAUUCCAGGGAACCACAGCGACGUGUUCUUUGUACCUGUAGGUCUAGGAUCUCCAAACUUAACCAAUCACAUGCCCCUCUCAGAAGAAAUGUGAGCAUGCUCCCUCAUGCAGAUCGUAUAUGCAUCAUAAACAAAGAGUGGAGCUUUAACAUAAGAUAAAUAAUCAUACACAGAAAUCCUGACAUUAUAUUCCCAAAUCUCAAAAGAUCUCCUGUGCACCCCACUUUGGAGACGAUGCUUUAGGUACAAAGCUUAAACAUUGCCUUAUAUUGGAUCAGGAACCCUUACAGCAGAGGGUCCACUCUUCUAGUCGGUUUAAUGUUUAGUCAGUGUACUCUGAGUCUUCAUUGUUCAGAAAAGCACCUCUUGAAGAACUGACUUCCUGAACUCCCAGUCAUGUUGGUACUCCUUACAGAAGGGAGUGAAAACCCCUUUAGGAAAUGAUUGAGAGCAGCCUCUUGAAUGCUUAAAUGAUCAAGGAGGGAGCAAGGCAAACCAAUUUGUUCUGUGCAACAAACUCAAAAUGUGGACCAGUUCCCUCAGCCCUCAUUAAACUAAUUAAACUGAUCGGUAUCAUGCUUCUACUCCAUGGUGAACUGAAGCAGAGUCAAGUUGAUGAAGUUAAGCACGACCAUGUUCUUGAGCAGCUGAAUUGGCUGCCAAGAGUCCAAGCCAUCUGGCCCAACAUAUGCACUGGGCAUUGGGUAAGGGACUCCAGAAGCAGCAGCUAGAAAGAGAAAAAGGCUCUCUUCAGUCCCCAUGAUGCUUCUUUCCUCUUAAUGUCUCAAAAUAAAACCAGAAAGAGGAAUAAAAUGAUUAAGUGCUUGAGGCCAAAUGAGUUCCCUUGAUUCAAAUAACCCUGAUUCAUAGACAGAGACCUCCCGAUGUCUUGGUUUCAAUCAAAGCCCCCUCUCUCUGUCUCUCUCUCUCCUUUGCUCUCUCAUUCCCAGGCACUCUUUUUUGGUUUGUGGGUCCAGGAGGUGGGGCUGGACAGGAGAGGAAACAGGCUUGAGUUUGGAUAAUUUGUAUAAGAUGCUGCUGAACACAUCUCUUCAUGUGCAGUCCCCAGGUAUCUGAUGAUGUUCUGAAAUGGAUAGAUUGUUUUAGAGUUAUUUUGUGUGCUUUAAAAAAAUCCCAUUUAUGCAAUUUACUUGGAAUUUGCUUAGCCUUUAAUAGGCCUGUGUAAUUUCCUGCUCCUCCAGUACAAUAAAUAAAAGAAAGAUGUUGAUGA